AUGAGAGGGUUAGUGAGAAGAGAAAUAUUUUUCAAGGGUUUCGUAGCCCCGAGCAGUAACCCUUAUAUGCUUGGUCAAGUGUCCGUUAGUCCACCAAUCCUACUUUUCGUCAAUAGUGGGGAGGGAGAGGAACUCCCAACCCAUAACGCACAACUCUCAACUUACGAACUACACCUUACACCACGAGUUCACAGUUCACAACUCACAGUUCACAACUCACAGUUCACAACUCACAUUCGCGGUCUCUUGUCUUUUGCUGUUCCUGUUGAAGGCCAUCCCGAUAAAUAUGUGGUGGGUGUGGAUAAUAAAAUUUUAUUAAUCACAUGGAAUAGUUACGAAGAUAAAGAAGAUCCUACAUGGAGCAGAUUAAUAACUGUUGAUGAAAGAAUCCCUAGUAAUAGAUUGAAUUAUGGAACCGUCGACCCCAAGGGCAGAUUAUUUUUUGGGACGAUGAACGAACAAGGACUCGAAUUGGCAAAUGUGAGCUCUUUGAAUUUUGUUUUGGAUUUCACAACACACCUUACGGAAGUUAUUUCGAGCAGUGGAUUCGUGUGGGACUCACAUGCUACUCAUCCUCCUAAAGUCUAUGUCAUCGAUUCGAAGACAGAGUAUAACAUCGUAGCCUACCAUUUUCAUAACUGGUCAGGAAAAUUUGGGAAAAAUAGAGUCGUCUUUAACUGGAAACCACAAAGUAUGUCAGGAUCUCCACGUCGUCUGACAUUUGAUAGGAAUGGUAAUCUCUGGGUUCCUCUUUAUGAUGGCCAUGGCGUCAUACAAGUUAAUCAUAUCACUAAGAAAGUAAUGCGAUUCAUUGGCAUACCUGCACUCAGAGUCGGCGCAUGCAUUUUCGGAGGUCCUGAUUGGAAUAUUUUAUUUGUAUCAACAAUGCCAUACGUUCAAGUGAAUCACAAUGGACAACAUCUAUGA